ACAUGUGCGGGCUCAGUCCCGGCCCAGACGCCAAGCCAUGCGUUCCCUGUCGCUGCUGCCGCUGCUCGCGCUCGCCGCCGCCGUCGCCGGCUCCGCCAUCCCCAUGUGGGAGUACCUCAACAGGGGCGAAAAGAUGAACCUGUUGUACAAUAUGCUGACGAUGAAAGUGAAAGAGUACUGCGAAACAACAAAAAUGCCAGACUGCAACACCAAAAUGCUCAUCCAUGGCUACAAGAAUUUAGCUAAAAUGGAAGACUCCAGUUUAAACAGGAUGGACCCAUAUCAACGUGGAGCCUCGGAUCUCAUUUGGGGCACAAUGAUGAAGGGCGGUGUUGACAGCCACGGCGAAACGGCUUCGCAUCCAGCAGACUACCACUCAGAGCACAACGAAAGUGAUGAUGGAAACAUAGGUUCCCAAGGAGCUGCCUCAACUAAUGUUCAUCAGUAUCUGCCCACUGAAUCACAGGGAUACCUCAUGGGUCCAAUGGUCAUGAAACUGCUGCCUAAUGGGAAUCCAGUUCCAGGUGAGCAGCAGUUUCCCAUAGUGAGGGAUGAAGAUGCUGAGGAAAUGAAGCUCAUGCAGUAUCAGUACUCACCUCCACCAGAAGACAUACUGAAAAAAUCUUCAUAAUCAUCAGUCCAACAAUAAAAGUGAUUUCAUUGUUUUAUAAAAAGAGCUAGACAGUGAAGUCACAGUUCCACACAAAAGCCAGGACACUGUUAUUUUAGUUUUACAGAAAACUUUAAUUAGUGAUGCAGCACUACUCUAAAAUGAGCUGAGCUAUAAGAAACCUGUUAAAUAAAAGUUUUGGCAUUGUUACAUAAAUUACUCAAGAAAAGUGUGAAAGAAAUAGCUAAAGGUAGUUUAUAUUUGUGUUUACAUGUAUUACUUUAUUUGCAUUACUGACCUGGCCAUACUUAUCCAUAAUUAUCAGCAAUACACAGUACAGGUUUUAAUCUAACAGACACAAAAUUUGUUACACCUUAUCACUGUUUGAGGUGCAAGGAACAUGAACUGUAUUGGUAAGAUGAAACUAUGGGUUGGACGAUGACACAGAUUGGUUCUCUGCUUUUUAUUGGGAUUAUUGUACUAACUGCUGAGUACUUCAGUUGGUGUGAUAUAUUACAAGUGCAGGGCCACAACAAAAAAUUUUAUGCUCCAAAAAUUUGCAUCUGACUGACCUUUUAAACAGAUUUGUAAUGACCUUGUAACAUACUGUGCUACAUGCCAUCUGUUAGUUUGUAAACUGUAGGUGUAUUAUUAUUAUUAUUAUUAUUAUUAUUAUUUAUUUUGUCAUUAUUUAUUUACUUAUUUCUGUUAUUUAAAUAAAAAUUACUUUUUCCAGAUAAUGAUCAUUUAUGUUCAAAAGUAGUAAACUAUUAUUUCUAAGUACAAGAUAACUGAGCUUGAGGUGAGACCUUAAAAUGUAGUGAAUUAUAAUUUUGAAGCAAAAUUCAGUACCAACAUGUGUUAGCUAAGUCUUUCUCUGUAAAUUAGCAAGGAAGUUUUUGCUUAAAGCAAUAUAAAUCUGUGUUUUGUACAAAAUGAUUGUUUUAAUUUAUUAUAUUUAUUUAUUUAAUAAAGAUAAAAUUAGUCAUUGAAUCAAAAUUAAAUGUACUGAUGUAUCACAACCAAUAGUCUUUAAAUACAAACCAAAGACAUA